UAUAAAUAUUUAUACAACGUAUUAACAAAUUUUUAAAUUAAAAUUUCCUCUCGAAUUCAAGAUAUUAUAAUUAAAGGAAACUGAAAAUGUAAAAUUUCCAUUGUUUCGGAAAUUUACUCUUUAAAUAUGAAUAUACUAAUAUUAGAGAAUAAUACAGGAAUAUAUUUUUAGACAAUGCUUUCGACUUCGUAAAGAAGUACAGUAUAUAAAGAUGUUCAACUCAAGGAGAUCGACAAAUGAAAAAUCUAAAAUUAGAAUUCAUCAGAUCUCAUUUGGAGACAGUCGUUUGUACGAGAAAAUAAGCAAAAGAUCAAUUAUCAAAAAAAUGUCUCCUUUGAGGGAUAAACUUUCAGAAUUUUUCAAAUCUGUCAAUAAUGCUGCAUCAAAUGAAUCAUUUGGAAAUGAAUUUUGCAAAUUAUCCUUCAAAGGAAACAGACGACGAAUGAUCGAAAUGCUAAUUGAAUUACCUGAAAUAAAAAAUAUUCUAAUUGAAAAAUUUUAUCAUAACAAAGAUGAUAAUUUAGCGUGUAAUCUUUAUAAACAAAUAUUAAAUCUAAAUGAUCAAUUAGAGGAAGAAGACAAAAUAAAUCUUUUAAUUAAUGCACUUUUUAAAUCAUCUUAUAAAAGUAGGACAUUUUUUAAUAUUUUAAUGCACCUAUCACAAAAAUUAUAUAAAUUAGGAAACAUUAUAAAAUGUUUGGAAUAUUGUAAAUAUUUCAAAAAUUUAGAUAAUUAUCCCAAUGAAACUAAUUUUAUUGAUGAAUUUCGAAUUGAAUUUCUUUUAAUCGAAUCAGAAUGUUAUAAAAAAUUGGGAUUUCAUGAAAAUUCAAAAAUAUGUCUAAACGAUGCAAUGAGAAAGGUAAAUGAAUUUAUAACCGAAAAAUAUGGUAGCGAAUGUGAAAAAUUUAAAGAUGAAAAACUCUCUUUUUUAAAACCAAUAUUCGAGCGUAUGAAUUCAAUGAAAUUGUGUCGAAUAUCGAAAAAUGUGGAUGAUUUUUCAAAAAUGAAGGAUAAAAAAAUUCCUCAAAUUGAAGGAAAAUCAAAUGAAAAAUUAAAAUCCUGCUCGGAUGCAAUUUCCCUUGGUUGUAAUGAAACUAAAGGAAGAUUUCUAUUUGCAACAAGAAGAAUAAAAUGUGGAACUAUUUUAAUUGUCGAUCAACCAUUUGCUUUUAGCACCGAUGAGAAUGCUUUGGAAAGAAAUUGUCUCAAUUGUCAUACAUCAUUGAAAUUAAAUGAAAAUAUUCGAAUACCCUGCAAAAAUUGUCAAACGGUUAAAAAAAAAUUUAUUAUUUCUUUUUUUUCGAAAUCAAUCAAUAAUAAUAAACAAAAUUUCUUUUUUUUACAGGUAUCCUAUUGUUCGGAAUUCUGUCGUGAAGAAUCAUGGCACAAAUAUCACAAAUAUGAGUGUGAAAUAUUUAAUUAUUUUUUCAAUAUUCAAGAAAAAGAACUAGAAAAAUCGUCUCGACUUCUUUUAGCAUAUAGAACGACAAUAUCAAAUGUUUUAACCGCCUCUGGUUCAUUAAAUAGAGAAUUUUUCGAUUAUCAUUCACAAAAUAAUGAAGAAAAAUUAAAUACAGAAAUUUAUGAUCCUAUGGAUUAUAAAACAAUUUAUUCGUUAGAGACAAAUUGUUCUAAAUUUGAUCCAAAGGAAAAUUUUCAACUUGCUUUACGUUCAAUUUUUCUCGCCAAAUUAUUUGAAUUUGUAAUAAGAGAAAAUAAUCCAAAAAUUUCAUUGACACAGGAAGAAAUAAUUCUUCUGUCUAUUGGAAAUUUUCGCCAUUUACAGGCAAUUAGUUGUAAUGCCUAUGAAAUUGUCGAAAAUAUUAGAAAUAAUAUUUCAAAAGUAAUUGAACCGCAAAAUAUCGGCGGAGCAAUUUAUUCCACUGUUAGUCUAACAAAUCACAGUUGUUAUCCAAAUAUUAUUCGACAUUCCUAUCCCUGUGGCACCGUUGUUGUCACUGCAUUAAGAACAAUCGAGAAGGGUGCAGAAAUUUUGGACUGUUAUGGACCGCAUUUUUUAAAAGACACAAGAACCAUACGAAAGGAUCAAUUACAAAAGAAAUUUCAUUUCGAUUGUAAUUGCGAGGCUUGUACUUUGGAUUGGAAAAUACCAUUAUCCGACAAAAUUGAUUUAAAAUGUUGUUCCAAUUCCAAAAUAAAUAUGGAAAAAUGCUCGAAAUGUAAGAGAGACAUGAGAAAAAUUCGUCGACAAUUUGAGGAAAGUAAAAAGAAGAAACUAACAGCAAUAACGAAAAUGUACAAUGGCAAUUACAUUGAGGCUUUACCAAUUCUUUUAGAACAUUCAAAUUUUAUUGAGAAUAUUUUCAACGUGCCUAAUUUAGAAAUCAUUAAAACACAACAAUCAAUAAUUCAAUGUUUAAAUAGUAUGUCCUGCACUUCUGUUGAAUAA